CAGUGACCAUACUUUUAUUAUAGAUAUUCUAUCUAUGACAGCGCUCAAAAAUCUCGAGUCAUUCAGGAACGCUUGGUGAUGUUCAUUUAAAGGUGUGCGUUACUUGGUUAAAUUGGUCUUCUGAAAACUCUUCGUUUUACAAUGGAAGAUUUAGGCAUUAUUCUACCCGAUAAGGAUGUGGGUGAGUCCGAUUGUAAGCCAGCUACCGGUCAUUACACAGGAGCUGGGGACGAGCUGGAUGUCGAAGAUCUUUUCACAAAAUACAAGAAACUGCAAAAAUUAUUGGAAUUUCUGGAGGUACAAGAAGAAUAUAUCAAGGAUGAACAACGUAACUUAAAGAAAGAAUACUUGCAUGCGCAAGAGGAAGUUAAACGUAUCCAAAGUGUACCUCUGGUUAUUGGCCAAUUUCUUGAGGCUGUUGAUCAAAAUACUGGCAUAGUGGGAUCUACGACUGGCUCAAACUAUUACGUACGGAUUUUGUCUACUAUAGACAGAGAACUUUUGAAGCCUUCUGCUAGUGUAGCGCUUCAUAAACACAGUAAUGCUUUGGUUGAUGUAUUGCCACCAGAAGCUGACUCUAGUAUCUCGAUGUUACAAGCAGAUGAGAAACCGGAUAUCCAAUACAGUGACAUAGGUGGAAUGGACAUGCAGAAGCAAGAGAUUCGAGAGGCAGUCGAGUUGCCUCUUACUCAUUUCGAGUUAUAUAAACAAAUCGGCAUUGAUCCCCCGCGAGGUGUACUUAUGUACGGACCACCUGGCUGUGGAAAGACUAUGUUGGCGAAAGCUGUCGCCAGACAUACUACCGCCGCCUUCAUCCGCGUAGUGGGAUCCGAAUUUGUGCAAAAGUACUUGGGCGAAGGGCCGAGAAUGGUGCGAGACGUGUUCCGCUUGGCGAAGGAGAACUCACCGGCCAUAAUAUUCGUGGAUGAGAUAGACGCCAUCGCAACGAAGAGAUUCGACGCUCAAACUGGAGCAGAUCGCGAAGUGCAACGUAUUCUUUUGGAAUUGCUUAAUCAGAUGGAUGGCUUCGAUCAGACGACCAAUGUCAAAGUUAUCAUGGCGACGAAUAGAGCGGAUACAUUGGAUCCUGCAUUGCUCCGUCCUGGCAGAUUGGAUCGCAAGAUCGAGUUUCCACUGCCCGAUCGCCGGCAGAAGCGCCUGAUCUUCUCCACGAUCACCGCGAAGAUGAACCUGAGCGAAGAAGUGGAUCUUGAAGAUUACGUGGCGCGGCCGGACAGAAUCUCCGGCGCCGAUAUCAACGCUAUCUGCCAGGAGGCUGGAAUGCACGCGGUCCGUGAAAAUCGUUAUAUUGUUUUAGCGAAAGAUUUCGAGAAAGGUUAUAAAAAUAAUAUCAAGAAAGAUGAGUCCGAACACGAAUUUUACAAGUAAAUCCAACAAUAUUGCCUCGCACGGCUUUAUCUUGCGAUAUAUAUAUUAUUUCUAACAUAUGCAUAUGAUAUGAUGAUAUACGGAUAUUAUUACAAGAUUAAACUGAUGAAAUACAAUCGCCUUGCGUUCUUCA